UAACCAACCGCACCAUUGUUGGUCCAUGGUCGAUCUCGCUGCUUCGCUGGAUUGAGAACACGUGUUUAUAUUCAUUAUUCGUUCACAGUUCAUGUGAAUUAGUUUUUUUCAAGUAUAAUACCGAUGUAAUUAUAUUUAUAGUUUAUUAAACAUACGAAAAUGGUUGUAAUAGGCAAGAAAAAGUAUCAAUCUGGUGAAGGAGCUCAAUUUAUAACGAGGAAAAGAGCUCUGAAAAAAUUGCAGCUAUCGUUAAAAGAUUUUCGUAAACUAUGCAUCCUCAAAGGAAUUUAUCCACGAGAGCCCCGCAAUCGGAAAAGAGCACAACAAGGUCGUUCUGGUAUCAAAACCUUGUAUCAUAUCAAAGAUAUACAGUUUUUGAUGCACGAGCCAAUAAUAUGGAAAUUACGUGAAUACAAGAUUUUCAACAAAAAAGUAGGCAGAGCCAAAGCUAUGCAAGAUUUUGCUUCAAUGAAACGUUACUUGCGCAAUCAUCCAACACUGAAACUGGAUCAUAUUGUCAAAGAGCGAUAUCCAACAUUCAUUGAUGCCUUGAGAGAUCUCGACGAUUGUCUUACUCUCUGUUUUCUAUUCAGCACUUUCCCCUCAAUGGCUCAUAUACCAAGAGAUCAAACUAUGUUGUGUCGCCGAUUGACAGUUGAAUUUAUGCAUGCUGUUAUAGCAGCCAAAGCUCUGCGCAAAGUUUUCGUAUCAAUAAAAGGCUACUACUACCAGGCAGAAAUAAAAGGACAGACAAUCACUUGGAUAGUACCGCAUCACUUUGGCUUUCAACCUCAGUCAAAAGCAGAUGUAGAUUUCAAAAUAAUGUCCACUUUCGUAGAAUUCUACAUUGUGAUGCUAGGUUUUGUCAACUUCAGACUUUAUCAUUCGCUCAAUUUGUAUUAUCCACCAAACUUGAAUAAUUCAGUGAAUACUGAAAAAACGUUGGUUGACGAAGAGGCUUACGUUUCGGAAAGGAUAGCCGCCCUGAAUGCCCCGUUGAUCAAUCUCGAUGGCUCUUCCAAAACGGAAGAGCAAGAUGAUCUGGAAAUUGAUGAGUUUGCCAGUAACGAUGCGAGCCAGAUAGAAGAAGCAAAACUCGAAGCAAGCCGAAUCAAGAAACUCAAAACUAUGUUCCAAGGUCUAAAAGUUUUUAUUAACCGAGAAGUACCUCGCGAGCCACUUGUUUUCAUCCUGCGAUCCUUCGGGGCUCACGUUUCUUGGGACAAAUUGCUAUUCGUCGGUGCUACGUUUGACGAAAAUGAUGAGACUAUAACUCAUCAGAUCGUAGAUAGACCAAGCAUGGAAAAGCAGUUUAUCUCCAGGUAUUACAUUCAACCACAAUGGGUUUUCGAUUCCGUAAACGCCCGUGAGCUCUUACCCGUUGAGAAUUAUCUCAUUGGAUGCGUACUUCCGCCACAUUUAUCACCAUUUACAAACAGUCGUCUGGAUCAGACGUACAUUCCACCAGAAGAAAGAGCGCUCAUAGAUCCCGAGUUCACAUUGAAUAAAGAACAGGACGAAUCUGAGGAAGAGGAGGAGGAAGAAGAAGAAAAAGAAGAAGAAGCCACGAAAAACGGUUCAGAAAUGGAGGAAGAUGAAAAUUCCGAGGCUAAAUCGAACGAUGCUGAUUCGGAUGUACAAGAAGAUGAGCCUGAGGAAACGGCACAACAAACCGCAAACGAUAAGGAACUCGAGAGGUUGAAAAAGAAAAAACUGAUGAAGGUGAAAAGUGGUGAAAUUUAUAAGAGUGAUCCUUGGGAAAAGAACAGACAAGAGAAGCAGGAAUAUCGGCUCCGAGAAAAGAUGGUCAAGAAGAAACAUCGUAACCUUUACAAAAGUAUGAUGAAGGGUCGUGAGGACAGGGCCAAAGAGAUAUGGCUUCUCCGUAAAAAGAGGCGAUUACACGAAAAUGCUGAGAAGGACAAGCGCAAAGAAUUGCGCAAAGAAUUGCGCAAAGCGGGGAAAAAACAAACCACGGCGUAGUCGUGUAAAAGUUGAUUGGCUAAUGACGCUGUAGAAUAUAUAAUUUUAAUUAUUUUUUUUUUACGCAAUAAAUAUGUUUUACGAGCGAA